AGUUCGAGCUGUGCCAGCGCGACACCUACAUGCUGCUGCUCUGGGUGCAGAACCUCUACCCCAACGACAUCAUCAAUAGCGCCAGCCUGGCAGGGGAGCUGCAGGGGAUCAACCUGGGGAGCCUCCUGCCCCCCAAGCAGGUCCGGCUGCUGGAGGCCACGUUCCUGUUCAACGAGGUGGCCAGCGUGAAAGAGCUGAUGGCCCGAGCCCUGGACCUGGAGUCACAGCACUGGGCCCAGGAUGUGGCCCCCCAGAGGCUGAACGGCCACUGUCACAGCGAGCUGGCCAUUGACAUCAUUCAGAUCAUCUCCCAGGGCCAGAUCAAGGCCGAGAGCAUCACACCUGACCUGGGCAAGCAGAUACAGCACAUGCUGCUGGCGGAGCUGGCCGCGUUUCUGAGGAGCUACCAGCAAGCCUUUGAGGACUUUCUGGAGAGGUGCAAACAGCUGCGGAAUUACAGGGCCAACGUGAUGGCCAACAUCAACAAUUGCCUGUCCUUCCGGAUAUCCUUGGAGAAGUGGCAGGCGCCACAGGGCCUCCUGGGCCCCCUGAAUGAGCUCAAGAGCCACGGCUUUGACACCCUGCUCCAGGGCCUGUUCUGGGACCUGAAGCCGCUGUUCAAGAGGUUCACACAGACCCGCUGGGCGGCCUCUGCACAGACCCUGGAGGAAAUCGUCUCCACCGUGGAGACAAGGCUGCCCGAGUUCUCAGAACUGCGCGAGUGCUUCCAGGAGGAGCUCAUGGAGCUUGUCCACCUGCACCUGGUGAAGGAGUACAUCGUGCGGCUCUGCAAGCGGCGCGUGGUCCUCAAGACCGCGGAGCAGCAGCAGCAACUGGCCGGGCAGGUCCUGGCCAACGCCGACGUCAUCCAGACCUUCUGCACCCAGAGUGGCUCCCCGGCCACCUGGCUGGACCACGCCCUCCCGACCCUCGCCGAGAUCAUCCGCCUGCAAGACCCCAGUGCCAUCAAGAUCGAGGUGGCCACUUACGCCACCUGGUACCCUGACUUCAGCAAAGGCCACCUGAGCGCCAUCCUGGCCAUCAAGGGGAUGUCCAGCAGUGAAGUCAAGAGCAUCCGGAGCAUCCUGGACGUCCACACAGGGGCCCCCGAGGCCGCCAAGGCCCUAUUUUCACUUAUAAAGGUUGGUUAGCUUU